CAGCCAUCACACACGCACGCACGCACACACACACCCACACCACACACACGACACACACGUGUUUUCAUGAGCCAGCCCUUCAGUCAGCAUCCUCACACACCAUCCUCACCUCAACCCUCCCGUAGCUAGCUAAUGCACGCACACGCCACACUCAGUCUCACACGCCAUCCAUCCAUUCACACACUAGCCCCCUCCUCCCCUCCCUCUCUCCCCAUAGCUAUCUAUGUUGAUGUGUGAUGUCAUCGGUGGUACUGCCCGCCAGGCGGCAUUUUGGGGUAGCUGGGCAUCGGCCCCACCGGCAUCGGCACGCCCCCCAUGGUCGUCACCACACGCGGCGUCGCCCCGGCCGCCUGUUGGCCGCUAGUGCCGGGCGGCUGCUUGCUCAGCGGCUGGCUCUGCGGCAGCAGGUUGCUCGGGGCAGUCGUCAAACCUUCUCCACCUAUAUCGGUCCUGACGAGCAGAGAAUGGGAGAUCCAACGCAGAGACAGAGAAGAUAUAUGUGUCGGUGGAGUGGGGUGGGUGUUGGGUUUGGUCUCUCACUUCCUCGCCCCUGUGCUUGGUCCUAGGCUGAGCCGACCGCCCCCACCCCCUCCCCCACCCCCUCCCCCUCCCUGCUGCUGGUGCUGGUGGUGGUGGUCGGAUGUAGGCAGCAGGCUGGUUUUGGAGCCCUGCUGCUGCUGCUGCUGCUGGGCGGCCUGGCCUUUCUUCUUCUGCUCCUCCAAUACCCACACCUACACACACAUCACACAUGACAGAUGUAUAUGGAGUGGAGAUGAGAUGGGUGCGUGUUGUGUUGGUGUGAAGUGUGGGGGCGGUUGUGCGUGUGUGGGGGCAUGCAUGGGGUGGAUGGGAUGGAUGGUGUGCCCUGCCUGGCUCUGUAGUCGGUUGAGUGCUGCGGUGGUGAUGCGCUUGUGGUCGAAGAAGUCGGCGGACAGACCCGUCAGCUUCUCGUGCAACACGGCUAUCUCCUCCUGACAUGAGAACACACAAAUAGAAACAUGGAUGCCAUGGCCUCCCUCGUGCGGUGUGGUGUGGUGGGAUGGGAGGUGUGAGCGCGUUUUGCGCGUUUCCUUCAGGACUGACCUGUACGGCGGCUACGUUUUUGUUUCCGUCCAGCUUCUCCUUCUCGAUGCGGCCCGACAACUCAUGUAGACGACCGUCCAGAUCGCCCAGCUGCAUGACCACACACACAGCACAACACAACACAACACACAACAAACACAUCACACCUCCAUCCAUUCCAUUAGUUAGUCAUUCCCCCCGUGUUGUGUGUGGUUGUGCUGUGGUGUGGUGUGGUGUGGUGUGCAGGUAGGUACCUACCUUUUGGAAUAUGCCGUCCUGCAGUGUCUGAGACUGUUUCUUGAUCGCAGCUAUCUCGUUGGUCGUCACGUUGAUCGUGUUCUGCGUCUGCACCAUGCCAUGCCAUGCCAUCCAUCCAUGUCAACCCCCCCAACCACAUCCCCGCGGCCACCUUAGCCCCCACUCCCACCUGGACUAGGUUGCUCUGUAGCUGCUGGUGCGUGUUGGUGUACGCCUUGUCGAGCGCCUUGAGCUCUGAGGCUUUGUAGUGCGCCUGCUGCUGGAGGGUGCUCAGCUCGCUCUCGAACUCGCCAUCCGACGAGGCCUUGGUCUUGACCAGACUGCUGAUCUCCGAAAAGGCGCUACCCAACUUCUCGCGCAGAUCCGUCAGCUGCGACUGCACCCAACACACACACACACACAGAGAGAGAGAGAGAGAGAGAAGGAUGAGGUCGUGCGAAUCAUGGUUUCUCGUCUCUCCUUUUGUGGACGGUGGCUGAUGCCCACAUGCGCACCUACCUGCAUCUGUGUCUGUAUGGAGGUGCUAUGUCGUUUGAACUCGGUGAGGUCCUGGUUGUUGGCCGUGAUGCCGUCGCGGAUGAUGCUCAUCUCGGACAGCAGCUGGCUCAGCGACGCGCUGCUGCUGCUCUUCAUCUCCGUCAACCACUGCGCAAACGACUGGACCGUCAUAUCAACAUCCUGACCACCGCCACCACCAACACCACCAACGCCACCACCAACGCCCACAACACCUGAUGCCGCCGCCGCCUGCUGCUGGUGCUGCUGGUGCUGGUGCUGGUGCUGGUGCUGCUGGUGCAUCUGUGUCGGCUGUGUGUGAGAGGAGGGCGGGAUGGGCGCCUGUGUGUGUGAAGUGGGUGGAGCGGAGGGAUAGCUGUGGCCGGCGGGCGGUCCUGCAGGCUGGAGAGGCACACCAGGGCCGGGAGCGGGACGGCUUGGGCCCAGCUGAGGCGCCUG